UUGAGACUUCAUUUUCACACGUCUAAUAAGCGUAAUAGCCACUUACCAUUAAUAUUCUUUUGUUAUGAAGUUCUUCGUCUUGUUUAAACUUGUAUUCCACAUUUGGGAUUUAAGGGUACACCGUGCAUAACUACUGUUAUGUCACUUUUGCACAUAAAGAUUGCAAAAACGUAUAACACAUUUCAUGUUUUACUCCCUCGUCUGUAGGUUUGGAGAAAACAAAUGACUUCUCAGUUUUUCAAAAUCACUGGUCCAAAGUAAAGGAAAAACGAUUUUAAAAAAAAAUGUCAUUAUAAGUUCAAUUAGGCACAUCAACGCAUGCAACACACGUAAAAAAAAAAAAAAAAAAGGCUGCAAUUCACUAAUCGCGAGAAAUGGCUUGAUUCGUGAUUAUGCAUGUAAGAGUUAAGUGCAUCACAAUUACACACGCAGCAUCACUAUUUCUAGAUAUGUGCAAAGAUCGCCUUGCAACAAAGCCACCAACUCACUGUGAUUAAAUGCAGGAUUUCUACAUCAGCUAUGUUGUCAUUCUUUUCUGCACUUGUGCAUCAAACGUUCAAUUAUGCAUGUACCAAUUAGUCUAAUACAUGUUCCCUGUGACACUGCUGACUUCACUGGUUACUCUUUCUUCAUCGUAUAUUAGUAGUGUUAUUUUCUGCAGCCCUUUUGAAGAACUCAGUGCUAUUUCACAGCCUCCUCUCUGACAAGCGACACCAUUAUAUAACAGGGUAAAACUUCUGCAAUCAGAUCCAACAGUAACAUGAUCCCUGUUAUGAAAGCUUUCAUGUAUUUAGCCCUUUAACGAACCUUUUUACCUCCUCUGCUUGUAGUCUCCUCUCUCCUGUCCUCGGCCUCCCUCUCUCUCUCUCUCUCUGUGACAGGAAUUGUUUCUCGUACAUUCACCGCUGGUGGUUUUAUGUUGAGCGAGGAACUCGGAUGCAGCCUUAUUAACGACACGUUUAUGAACAAUCAAAUGGUCCUCGUUAAAAUUUAUUGAUGGGCAUAAAAACAUGAACGGUCACUAGCCGAAUAUAGCCCGCUGUAGUGGGCUGCUUGUCAAGAAUUUGAAUCCCCUCCUCUCCUAUCUCCGCAGAUCCCAUUUAGGAAAUAUUUGCUCUGUUGCGCGCUCGUUAAAACGGUGCAAACUUUAUUGUUGAUGCAUCCCGUAUUUUGAACCUCCCUUCUCCUGUCUUCUCUUCAUGCAGCUACUGCGAAGGUUUUUUUUUGAGUGUUGUUUAGAAAUAAAAAGCAUUACACAGGAAGUUCUAAAACCUUCACUUUAUCAGCUCUGUAGCUGGUUUGAUAAAGAUAAGAAGCUUCAAUGAUCCAAUAAACACUUGAAUGCUGUAACACUAUCCACAGCAAUAACUGGGCUACGGUAGGUUUUGCCAGACAGAGAUUAAUGACACCAUCAAAUAGUUCCUCUCUCGGUUUAAGACGUAAUGCGCACAGGGCUGCACUGCGCCGACACGGAUAUACUAUCUCCAAUCCAAAUAAAUAUUUUCUCUUUAAGUAAGCAUGUUGUUGACGUUACCUCUAGAAUGUCCAUGAAAAAAGCAAAGGGGUACUUUCUUUAAUCCCUUUUAUGUGCAACGGUAUCCCAGGAUAAGCGGCGCAUUGAUCCACUGUACAAUUUUUGUGGGGGUAAAUAGAAUCACGUGUCAGCGAGGCAGCCAAUAGCAGGCGAGGAAGCGUUGAGAAAUAAUUACCUGCCUUGAUUGUUCUAUGGCUAGAUAAAAAGUACACAUACACUCCAUAUAAUAAUCGGAUGCAUGUAAAAGAGUCGGGGUAGCUUCGAAAUGUCGACCACGGGUCCCAUAACUAAUUAUUAUGUGGACUCCUUGAUCAACCAUGAAAACGAGGAUGUCCUUGCUGCAACUCGCUUCUCGGCUCCCGGUUCGCACCCAGCCGGCCCUCGUCCUCCGUCUCUAGUACCGGAGUGCGCCGACUACCCUUCCUGCAGCUUCGCACCCAAGCCUCCCGUCUUCUCCACCUCCUGGGCCCCCGUCCACUCCCAGUCCUCAGUGGUUUACCAUCCAUACAGUCACCAACCUCACUUAGCCACAGACUCGAGGUAUAUGCGCUCAUGGCUGGAGCCGAUAUCAGGCGCGGUGCCUUUCCAUGGCUACCCGGGGAGCAGCAGGCACUAUGGGCUCAAGCCCGACGCCUUCCAGGAGCACAGAGCUGGAGAAUGUCUGAGCUCCAGCGGACGGACCUACACGGAUUAUCUGUACUGCUCCUCCACUGACAUGCGGGACAGGACGCCGCAGAAUGUCCCCUCUCCCGAGUCGGAGAUUCUGGCUUCAGAGAAACAUAAAGACGAGAAGCCGGAGCUAGAUCCGAAUAACCCAGUGGCAAAUUGGAUACACGCCCGCUCCACGAGGAAGAAGCGAUGUCCUUACACAAAGUACCAGACUCUGGAACUGGAAAAGGAGUUUUUGUUUAAUAUGUACCUAACGAGAGACCGCCGUUUCGAGGUCGCGAGGGUCCUGAAUCUGACGGAGAGGCAGGUCAAAAUCUGGUUUCAAAACCGACGAAUGAAGAUGAAGAAAAUGAACAAAGAAAAGAGCGACAGCAAAGAACAAUAAUGUGAACUGCAGCAGUGAGAAAACAACACUAAUAACCACUAGUCACAUGGACAGCACAGAUGUACCAAAACACUCCUCGUCUUCAUAUUUAUCACUUUGUUGGAUUUUUGUAUUAAUCUUCUAAUUCUGAGACUGUUUGAUGCUGAUUUUGUUAUUUUCCAGUGCACAUGUAUGUGUUAAAGACAGAAAAAAACACUUCUAUUGAGAUAAUAACAUUCUACGUUCACAUGUUUUUUUGUAAGAGAAAUUAUACAAGUUGCAGUUUGGACACGUUGAAACUGUCUAAGAGAAUACUUGAAUUCUUUUGAAUUUCACAAACCCAUAAUUUAUGAUGUGAAUGUUUUCUUUCAUGUUUAAUUUCCUUUGUACGUUGCCAUGCAGGUGUAGUAUUUUGUACAGAAACAGAACAUCUGCGCUCGGACUCGUCUGUCUUGUAUUUUUUGUGAUAGUCGUUGCUGUAUUUGUGCAUUUCUUCAUUUUUGAUUGUAGCGAGUUGAACUAUAGACUGUAGAUAUAAAUACAAACAUAAUCACUAA